UUUAUUGAAGCAUUGUGUGUGAAUUUAAACGCCUGUACCGACAGAAGUUAACUUUAAAUAAGCGGAACUUCUCCGUUUUUUUCUCCUUUCUCUCUUCGGUCAGGAUGAAGUCGUUUCCGGGCGACAGGGAGGCUGCCAGCAGUAAACAUGGCGGAGGAACUGCUGGAAACAGUGGACAGACUUCAGUCCCGGCUCCUGGAGAACCCGGAGCCCCGAAAGCUACUGAAGACUCUCAAAAGACUGGGGGAACUUCCAAUGACUGUGGACAUACUGGUGGAAACUGGAGUGGGGAAGACUGUGAACUCUUUUAGGAAGAAUGAAGUAGCCGGAGAGAUGGCAAAAGGCCUCGUAGCCAAAUGGAAACGACUGGUUCCUCAGUCUGCAGACAGACCCACCAACAGUCACACCAAAGAGGCGCCGCGGUCACACGCACACUCUCGAGGCUUCGAGAUGGGAGGUCACAGGCGUCAUCGUGAGCCCUCCCCUGAGGAAGAGCCCCGCUACAUGGAAGAGGAGGAGGAGGAAGAGGAGGAGAGAGGCUACCACACCAACUACUCUCCCUCGCCUCCACAGCACGAGCAGUACAGUCCCCCGCAGCGAGGGGGCUACCAGUCGGACGAGUACGGGAGCCCCGAGCCUGAACCCGAACCCGAACCCGAACCCGAGCCCGAGCCUGAGCCUGAGCCCAGCCCUCCUCCUCCUCGCAAAGAAGUCCGACACGCCAAGCCAAGCAAAGAGCCCAACAAGAACCACCACCACAGUUCCCACAGCGACCGCAGCAGGGACAGGGACGAAGGACAGCGGCAGCGCCACGCACAGAUGAGUAACGAUGGAGGAGGAGGAGGAGGGAGGGAAGGCGGUGAAGGAAAGAAGCGAAGCACAGACAGAGAGAGACAGCAGAGUCCAGUUCAAAAGUCUGCAAAGCACAGCAGGAAGUCUGCCACGCAUGACAGCAAGAGGGAGGAGAAGAAGAGAGGAGGAGAUGAUGGACGACCACGAGCGCCGAAGGAGUCGCCAACCCAUGACGAAGAAGAGGACUUCGAGACUCCCACCAUGUCCUUCGAGUCCUUCCUCACGUACGACGCCCCAACGCCCAUCAAGAAGAAGAAGAAGCCGCCGCCGUCUUCGUCGUCACACGGUCGGCCGUCUCACUCCUCCUCUUCCUCCUCCGUGUCAUCUUCCCAUCGCGCCCCUCAGCCUGCAGCCGCCUCUUCUUCCUCGUCCUCAUCUUCUUCCUCCAAAGCGAGCAAAUCAAACGGUACUCAGAGUAAAAAGAGGCAGCAUUCGAGCUCCAGUUCAUCUGCAGCUACGCCGGAAAAACACAAGAGGGUUGUCGAGGUGGUUCCCACUCUUCCUGAAAUCCCUCUGCCGGCGAUUCAGCCCAAUUACAGACCUCUGCCCUCCAUCGACGUCACGCCACUGUCCCCGCAGAGACGGAAAGUUCCCAUCUGCAACGAUGAAGAGGACGCCGGCUUCACUGGGAAACGAUUCAACUCCAAGAUGGUGGUCUACUCGGGAUCAAAGACCUCCUACUUGCCGAGAAUGAUGACCCUGUACGAGCAGUGCAUCCGCGUCCUGCAGAACAACAUCGACUCCAUCGCCGAGGUGGGAGGAGUGCCGUUUGAGAUCCUGGAACCGGUUCUGGAGCGAUGUACCCCAGAGCAGCUGUACCGCAUUGAGCAGAGCAACCAGUGGUUUACGGAGGACUCUGACGAGCUGUGGAUGCGUCACUGUCAGCGGGACUUUAAGCGGGAGUCUCCUCAAGAGUACGAGUCGUGGCGGGAGAUGUACCUGCGGCUGCACGACGAGCGCGAGGAGCGACUGAGGUUGCUCACGCAGAACAUCACCUCCGCACACGCCAACAAGCCCAAAGGACGGCAGGUCAAGAUGGCGUUUGUGAACUCCGUCGCCAAGCCGCCGCGUGACGUCCGCCGCCGACAAGAGAGGUUUGGCACCACUGACGGUUCCUCCAUGGCCUCGACUGCCGCUUCAGCUCCCAUCAAAGUCAGGCCGGCUAUGGACUUCUCUGGUGAAUCCAGUCGCUCCUCUUCCUCUGGUCUUCAACCUUCUCCCGGCUCAUCCCGCUUUUCAUCAGCAGGAGGAGGAGGAGGAGGAGGAGGAGCAGCGGGAGGAGGCCAUGCCGCCCGGGACAAGCCACAGGUCAAAAAAAUCGCCCCCAUGAUGGCCAAAACUAUCAAAGCAUUCAAGAACAGAUUCUCCCGCCGAUAGUGUGAAAGAGACUGAAUGUAUUUUAUGAAUUCCAACUGUGUUUUUAAUUUAAUUUUAAAUUUUACUGGAGACCCUCCGCCUCUACACACACACACACACACACACACACACACACACACACACACACACACACACACACACCCACACACCCACACACACACACACCCACACACCAUCAUCAUCAUCUCUACAUAUCAUGUGAACAUUUCAGGAUUGAUGGAAUAAUGGUUGACUUUUUCUUGUUUUUUAUUUAAGUGAUGGCAUCUGUUCGGGGGGGAGGGGGUCUUUAAAUAAGUAUUUAAAUCAUGAACUGCAGUCAAAAGGCUGCGACGUCUGUGUAGAGAAAAUUAACGUUUUAUAGGAUGCAAAAGGACACACACACACACACACAUGCACACGCACACAGUCUGUUACUUUUUCCGUGUUCUCCAGCAGGCUUUAUUUUUUUCUUUUCUUUGAGGGAAAGAAAGAAGAAAACUCAUUAUUUUCAUUCAAAGAACAGCCUUUUGUUACUUUCCGUCAUGACCAAACACUACACUUAGGAAAAAUCUUCAAGCGCUCUUUGUUUUGUCCUUUAAUCGCAUGCAUGAUGCACGUCAGUCACGGCUUCGAGACUCGACCCAACACAUCAACCGGCUGCUUAAAGACUGCUUUUUAAAAAACAAACACUUUUUAAAAAAAUAUUUAAGGCUCAAAUGAUAAUGGUGAACUACACACACAUACACAUACACACACACACACACACACACACAUACACACAUACUCUGUAGACUGAUUUUAACCCUGCUGUGGCUUCAGACCCUGUUUUCCUGCUGUCGAAUGUGUGCGUCCCCGUUUUUAUCUGCUUCACUGUGACAAAUAGCUUGAGCGAGAGUUGAAGAAACUGUAGGAAGAGAAGAAGAAGAAAGAACGAGGAAAACAACAAAAAUAAACAACGAUAAGGAAGGAAAUUGAUUGGACGUCUGCAGCUUCAGUCUUCAAUGAUGAUGAGAUGUAUUUAUUUUCAAACACUGGGACCUGGCACCCCUCUACUUGAGCCCUAAAGGAAGUAGAUUAAAAAUUGUAAUUUUAUUAGAUUUUAAUAAAUGUUCUAUGGUCAUUUUUAUUAAAAUCGACUUUUUGCCCUUA